AUGGAAAAUAAUUAUUAUUAUUCUCAAAAAGAAAAAGAUGAUACUAUAACAUUCAAUAGUUCAAGCUCACCAAUUGCAGUAACCCAAUAUGCAUACAGAACAGGGAUUAAUAAUUUUAGAGAUUUCUUUUCAACUACUGAAUACUUUGACGGCGAUACACCAUUAACAUUUUUAAUUGCCAACUAUGUCCAUGAUAUGAACCUUUUAGUUAAUUUAAUCAAGAAGUUCGAUACAAGAAAUGAAUUUAAAGAAUUAAUUAAUAUUCCAAAUGAUUAUGGCGAAACACCAUUACAUGUAGCAGCAAUUUAUAAUAAUGUGGAAGUAACCAAAGCAAUAAUAGAAAGCAAAUAUAUAGAUCCAACAAUUAAAGAUCACAGAUGCCUAACAGCAAUGGAUAUUGCAAUUUUGAUGGGGCACACAAAAGUUUCAAACGUUUUAAAGGAUUGCAAAAACAUGCCUAUUUCUGAUAUUAAACCAAAUAUUUAUCAAUGGGGAAAUAUUUUCACAUCAAAGUUAUCAUUUGAAGUUAGAAGCAAUCAAACACCACUAUUAUUUAACGAUACCCUCUCAUCACCUAUACAAACAAGCUAUGGUCAAAACUUUUGCUUAACCUUAACUGAUACCGGUCAUGUUUACAGUGCUGGGCUAUGUAGCUAUGAUAUUGGUUGUGUGUAUUCAUUUGGAAAUUCGUCUAUGGGUAGAUUGGGUUUAGACUAUACAGACCUAGCUGAGCCUCCUAUAUUUAUUUCAAAACCAACAUUAAUCUCGUCAUUUGGUGAUAAAUGUAUGACAACAAUUGCUUGUGGUACUGAUUCAUCAUUCUCCAUUAGCUCUGAUGGUCAUGUUUAUUCUUGGGGUUCAAACAUUAAUUCAAAAUUAGGAUUUCAAGGUGCUAUCCUUCAAAGCACACCAAGAAAAAUUGAAAACCUAGUUAAAAUGAAAGAUGUUGCCUGCAGUAAUUGGCACACAGUUCUAUUGGAUGAAAAGGGAUAUGUUUAUACAUUUGGUUCAAAUAUUGAUGGAAGAUUAGGUCGUUCAAUUAACGGGAAGGAAUCAUAUCAAGCCGGGAUCGUAAAUUUAGAUUUCAAAGUUAGAAAAAUUCACUGCGGUACAAACUUUACAACAGUUUUAACAGAGUCCAACACUCUUUAUUCAUGGGGUUCAAAUAAUCAUGGUCAAUUGGGUGUUCCAAGCAUUUCAGCUGUAUCAGAAUUCUCUGAAAAGCCUCUACUUGUAAAAAAAUUAGUUCCCUACUCUAUCCACAGUAUUGCUUUGGGUAAACAGCAUGUUGUAGCUCUCACAGAUCAAGGCGAGGUUUAUUGCUAUGGUGAUAACAGUUUAUCACAAUGCGGAACUGGUGAAGUUUUAGAUAUUGAAAUUAAUCUUACAAGAAUUAAAACCCAAGGAGUUUUCAAAAUUAGUGCCGGUGGGGAUAACUCAAUGGUUUCAAUCUCUACUGAACAUCAUAGCUUUGGUGAACAACUUUAUUCAAUUUUAAAAUCUGGUAUGUUUUCCGAUGUUAAAAUCAUUGCUAAUGGUGAUCAAUCUCAAUACCUUACUGCUCAUAAAAUCGUUUUAGCAGCUCGUUGUAAAAAGCUUGAUAGUCUUAUUAGAGGACAAUUAAAAAAUCCAUCAAUCCCACAAUCCCUACCAUUAUCAAUAACAAAGCUCAUUAAAUCAUUUAUGGUCGAUGACACUAUGUAUAUUGAUUUUCCUGUAUCAUCAUUCGAACUAUUAACAAUUUUAUUUAAAUAUGUUUAUUCAGAUCAUACAAGUUUAGCAUCAAAAUAUACAGAAGAGUUGGGCGAGAUUUCAUUUGGAUUAGAUAUUCAAAGAUUGGCCUAUUUGUGUAAUUUUAAGGAAACAAAAUCAUUAACCAACCUUCCAAAAUCGUCAUUAAUGGGUGAUUUUGAAAUUUUAAAAGAUAAUGAAUUUAAUUCAAUUUAUUCAGAUGUAAUUUUCAAUUGUAUCUCAGUUGACGAAGCCUCAAGUGGUAAAAUUUCAUCUUAUAAAUUAUUGGCUUAUAUAGGCUCUUCAUAUUUCAAAACUAUGUUAAGUGGUUCAUUUAUUGAAAAAGAUAAAAAAGAAAUUCAAUUAUUUGAAACAUCAAUCACAGGGUUAACAGCACUAUUAAACUAUUGUUAUAGCGAGGAAGUUCCUGAAGAUAUUAACGAAUGUAUUGAAAUGAUUAUUGCUUGUGAUCAACAUCAAAUGUUAAGAGCAAAGGAUUUAUGUGCUUCAAAAAUUAGAUCUCAAAUCGAUAACGAAUCAUUAUGCUAUAUCUAUCAUGUAUCAAUAUUAUAUAGUGUUAAACCACUAAAGUUAUGGUGUGCCUCAAGAUUUAUAUCAAUUAAAGAUGUCUCAAAACUAUAUUAUUUUGACCAACUACCAGAAGAAGUUAAAAAAGAAAUUAUAGAAAUUAAUGAUAAAAAAAACUUGGGUUCUUUGGAUCCAACUUUAAACUUUAAUAAUAGCUAUAAAAAUAAUAGCAAUAAUAAUAAUAAUAGUAAUAGUAAUAGUAAUAGUAAUAGUAAUAGUAAUAGUAAUAGUGAUAAUAAUAAUAAUAAUAAUAAUAAUAGUAAUAGUAAUAAUAACAAAAAUACUGGUAAAAAAAGCUUUUUUGGUUUUUUCUAA